GUUGGAGCGCCGAAAAGAAGCGUGGGACUUUGCGCGCGAAUUGCGCGCGCUCCGGGAGUCCACGGCUCGCGGCCGCACGGAGGAAUUGCAGGCGCUGCGGCGGAACAACGAGGAGGUGGAACGCUGUGUACUGCGACGGCAGAUGGAUGAGAGUGCGGCACUGCAGGACUUCUUGGGAGGACUGCAUGAAGAGAUGGGCCGCAGCCUGGAGCGGCUCAACACGGAGUGUGCACGACGAUGGACAUCGUUGGAGGAGAGGGUCGCCAAAACUGAGGAGGGUCUCCAGCCGCUGGAGGUCUCUGUGGCACGGCAGGUGUCGGAGGCUUUUGCCAGCUUCGAGCGGAGCUUGCGCCGGAGGCCGUGGAGGCGACGGCCCCAGCGACGACCCAGUCGUGGAGGACGGACGCUCUGA